AUGACUACAAUGGAUCUGCGUGUCGGCAAUAAGUAUCGCAUCGGUCGCAAGAUCGGCUCCGGCUCGUUCGGUGAUAUCUACCUAGGUACGAACAUCAUCUCCGGCGAGGAGAUUGCGAUCAAGCUUGAGUCCGUCAAGGCCAAGCACCCCCAGCUGGAAUACGAGGCCCGAGUCUACAAGUCCCUCGCCGGCGGUGUCGGCAUUCCCUUUGUCCGCUGGUUUGGAACGGAAUGUGACUACAAUGCCAUGGUGCUGGACCUGCUCGGUCCUAGUUUAGAGGAUCUCUUCAACUUUUGCAACCGCAAGUUUUCGUUGAAGACUGUCCUUCUCCUGGCCGAUCAACUGAUCUCUCGCAUCGAGUACAUUCACGCCAAGUCGUUCAUCCAUCGUGAUAUCAAGCCCGACAACUUCUUGAUGGGAAUCGGCAAGCGGGGCAACCAAGUCAAUGUUAUCGACUUUGGUCUGGCCAAGAAGUAUCGUGACCCGAAGACCCACUUCCACAUCCCUUACCGUGAGAACAAGAACUUGACCGGCACUGCUCGAUAUGCUUCGAUCAACACUCAUCUCGGCGUUGAGCAAUCUCGUCGUGACGACAUGGAAUCUCUAGGCUACGUUAUGCUGUACUUCUGCCGAGGCUCCCUUCCUUGGCAGGGCCUUAAGGCUGCUACUAAGAAGCAGAAGUAUGAUCGGAUCAUGGAGAAGAAGAUGACCACUCCGACCGAGGUUCUUUGCCGUGGCUUUCCCAAUGAGUUUGCCAUCUAUCUGAACUACACCCGUUCUCUCCGAUUCGACGACAAGCCCGAUUACAGCUACCUCCGGAAGAUCUUCCGCGAUCUCUUCGUCCGUGAGGGAUUCCAAUAUGACUAUGUCUUUGAUUGGACGGUCUACAAGUACCAGAAGAAUGCACAGGCCAUCGCCCAGGCCGCAGGCCAGGACAAUGAAGACGACAAGGCCCGCCGAACUACUGGUGCGGCAGCAGGUCAGACGCCCCAGCCGGGUGCCGUCAAGCCCAACGCAAUCCCCAGCUCUCGUCGCAAGGUAAUCGAGCGCGGUGCUCCCGGCGUUGACACUCCAGAAACCAACCGUGCCGUCGGGGGAAGCGACAGGAUGUGA